CUUAAAGUUAACUUUUUCAAGGGAAGGUGCACCAGCAUUUAGCAGCAGCUCACCCACCUGACUUCACAAGGUAAGACAUAAGAAAUAGAGGAAAAAUGAGUGACCCAUGGCAGAGGGCAUAUGACAUUGCUGUUCAAGUGGCAAGAAAAGCUGGAGCGGAAAUUAGGAAAGCUGGAGAGAGCGAGAUAAGGGUCAUGACAAAGAGCUCCACUGUAGACCUUGUUACGAAGACCGACGAGCGGGUGGAGAAAAUUAUCAUUGGGGCUCUUAAGGCUGAAUUUGGAGAAGGCACCCACGAUUUCAUUGGAGAGGAGUCAGUCGCAAAGGGGGAGGCGUGUAUCCUAACUGACAAACCCACAUGGAUCAUAGACCCAGUGGAUGGCACCACAAACUUUGUACAUGGAUUCCCAUUCGUGGCUGUGUCUAUCGCCUUUGCGGUCAAUAAGGAGUUGGAGUUUGGUGUGAUCUACAGCUGCUUGGAAGACAAGAUGUAUAAAGCAAGGAAGGGGAAGGGAGCUUUCUGCGACGAUGACCCAAUUCAAGUGUCUGACGUAAAAGAUAUCCACAAGUCCAUCAUCAUCUCUGAGCAUGGAACAGACAGGUCCAAAGAAAAAGUAACCAAGAUCUUCUCCACCAUGCAGAGGAUCCUGUGCAUCCCAGUGCAUGGGCUCCGUGGGUCAGGAACAGCUGCCACUAACAUGUGCCUGGUGGCGUCAGGGGCGGUGGAGGCUUUCUUUGAGAUCGGCAUCCACUGCUGGGACAUUGCUGCUGGAGCGGUAAUAGUCAAGGAAGCCGGAGGUGUCCUUCUGGAUGUUGAUGGGGGACCAUUCGAUUUGAUGUCUCGAAGGAUGGUUUGCGCAAACAGCGACAUUAUUGCUAAUCGUAUCAUUAAAGAAAUCGAAAUAUUCCCUGCAGAGAGGGAUGAUGCUCCAGUACAGAAGAAGUGAGAAUAUUCCUUACACCCUGUUUACACUGAAUGUCCAAAUGCAUUGCAAAUUGAGUACAAGAAGAAAAGAUGUCUGUAUGUUAUCUGAAUAAAGUUGCUGUGCUUAAA